UGGUUCAGUUUAGUAACAGGUUUGGAAAAGCAAUGAAGCAAUAUAUCAAAGAAGGAGAGUCACACAAGUGGGUGUGUCCAUGCAGGCAGGUAACUCAUGUUCAAACCUGCAUAGCUUGUCUGCUGUUGCACAUACCUGCAUUUGGAAACUGGAUCAUUCUUUGCCUGCACUCCUCUCUUUCUAGAUAAUUUUAGAACAGUAGCAGAUAUGUCUGUCAAAGUGUUUUAUACCAGCGUGAGCGGUUCUCUAGAGAUCAAGAAAAAACAACAAAAAGUCUUGGACGUCCUGUCCGCCAAGAAAAUCGACUUUGAAUCGAUAGACAUUAGUCAGGAUUCUAAUUCCAAGGACUUAAUGAGGGAAUUGGCACAUGACCCUAAGGUGCUACCUCCUCAGAUAUGCAAUGGGAACGAAUAUUGUGGGAACUACGACGCAUUUCUGUUGGCAAUUGAGGACGAACAGUUGGAGAAGUUUCUCAAGCUCUAAAAGGAAUGGAGAUUUUUGCACAACACUAUUAACAUUUUAGUUUACUGCCAUUUGAUUUGGUAACGUUUGAUAAUGUUCAGCGAAACAUAUUUGUCUUCUGAAAUGUUUAGAGUUGCACAUCUAAGGUAUACAUGCAUUAAAAAAAACCAUUUGAACUCUU